AAAAAAUCUGGGAGGGCUUCGCGAUUAGUCCCAGCCGAGAGUUUUUGCUGCCUGCCUGCCUGCUGCCAUCGACUCCCGCUUCCCUCCCCAAUUCCCGGCUUCUGCAGCCCAGUUCCUGGGGGCCCCUCGACUACAAUUAAAAUGUUUGACGGCCCCUUCCUGUUCUUUACUUCGCCCCCGCUCUUCGCUCUGCUGCUCGUCCUUGGCCAAGCGAGUCCCGAGACAGCUGUGGCGGAGCUGGCCGUGGUGAUUCCAGAGCAGGUUCCUCUCGACAGAGUCCAUUUUCUGCAACCCCCCAAAAGUGGCCCUAACAAGGCUCGGAGGCGACGUUCUGCAUCCCUACCGUUGGCUGAAGAUGCUGCCCAAUUGCUGAUUCGCCUGCCUCUCAGUGCUGGGCUUCAUCCUACCUCUGAUCUCUACCUGAUGCUCCACCACGAUGAUCAGUUUUUGGCUCCUGGUUUCUCCGUAGAAGAAAUCGACGAGAACCGAAGCAUCCGCCGUCAUCAACAGGCAGUAGACCAGCUCUGCUUCUACACGGGCCAUGUGCUCAACCGCAGUCACGAGUCUUUUGCUUCACUCAGCACCUGUGGUGGACUGGUUGGCCAUAUCCAGAUCGGUCUAGAACAGGUGCAGAUACAGCCCGUAAACGGCUCUGAAUCUUCAUUCCAUGGGAAAGAGCAUUUCAUCAGGAGGAAGAGGUCCAGCCCGGGCAGUUCUUCGAAGUCAACGAUCCCUAUGGAGCACUGCAGUGUGUUACCAGAAAAAAAGAAGCCUCCAAAGGGCAAGCAUCUCCACGACUGGAAAGGACGGAGGAACGCCAUUCAUCUCACAAAUGAGUAUACGGUGGAAACACUUGUGGUGGCAGAUGCUGACAUGGUCCAAUAUCAUGGAGUUGAUGCGGCUCAACGAUUCAUCCUUACUGUGAUGAACAUGGUGUAUAACAUGUUUCAACACCAGAGUCUUGGAGUGAAAGUCUACGUUCGAGUGACGAAGCUUGUCUUGCUUCGAAGACGUCCUGCCAGGUUGUCCAUAGGUCACCAUGGAGAGAGGUCCCUGGAAAGCUUUUGCCAAUGGCAAAAUGAAGAGUUUGGGGGUGCGAAGUACCUUGGGAACAAUCAGGUUCCCGGAACACGAGAUGACACUCUUCCAGUAGACGCUGCUGUCUUUGUUACAAGGACAGAUUUUUGUGUCCAUAAGGAUGAGCCAUGUGACACAGUGGGCAUUGCUUACCUUGGAGGAAUCUGCAGCUUGAAGAGGAAGUGUGUCCUUGCAGAAGACAAUGGACUCAACCUGGCCUUCACCAUUGCUCACGAACUGGGACACAACAUGGGUAUGAGUCAUGACGACGACCACGUGUCCUGCGCUGGGAGAUCUCACAUCAUGUCUGGAGAAUGGGUGAAGGGCAGAAAUCCCAGUGACCUAUCCUGGUCUUCCUGCAGCCGAGAUGACCUUGAAAAGUUUUUAAAGUCGAAAGUCAGCAACUGUUUGCUGGUAACAGACCCACGUAGCCGAUACGCUGUCCGCCUGCCUUAUAAACUCCCAGGAAUGCAUUAUAGCGCAGAUGAGCAAUGCCAGAUCCUCUUUGGAACUAAUGCAACUUUCUGUAAGAAUAUGGAGCAUUUGAUGUGCGCUGGUCUCUGGUGCCUUGUGGAAGGAGAUGCUUCUUGUAAAACCAAACUGGAUCCUCCUUUGGACGGGACAGAAUGUGGGGCUGACAAGUGGUGCCGAAUGGGGGAGUGUGUCAGUAAAACCCCCAUCCCUGAACACAUUGAUGGUGAUUGGAGUAUCUGGAGUCAAUGGAGCAUGUGCAGCCGGACGUGUGAAACUGGAGCCAGAUUCAGGCAACGCAAAUGUGACAACCCUCCGCCUGGCCCUGGAGGGAAGAACUGCCAAGGAGCAAGUGUGGAACACACUGUGUGUGAAAACUUGCCGUGUCCUAGAGGAGUGUCCACCUUCCGAGAUCAACAGUGUCAAUCUCAGGACCGCUCGACCAACAAGAAGAAAAGUUUAUGGACGGCUGUCAUCGUGGAUGAAAAACCUUGUGAGCUAUAUUGCUCUCCGUUUGGGAAAGACUCUCCUGUGUUGGUGUCCGAUAGGGUCAUUGAUGGUACACCCUGUGGACCUUAUGAGACUGACCUCUGUGUUCAUGGCAAGUGCCAGAAAAUCGGCUGUGAUGGGAUCAUUGGAUCCUCUGCCAAAGAAGAUCACUGUGGCAUUUGUAACGGAAAUGGGAAAAGCUGCAAAGUGGUGAAAGGUGACUUCAACCAUACGAAAGGGAUGGUCUCCAAUAGUCAAUGUAAGAAGGUUUCCACCUGUGUGAUGGCCAGGACCAAGGCAGUGCCCAAGUGUUUCUCGUGUUAUAUCGAAGCAGCCGUGAUCCCUGCUGGAGCUCGACGUAUCCGUGUGAUGGAGGACAAACCUGGCCACAGUUUUUUGGCUUUGAAAGAUUCCAGUAAGAAAUCCAUUAAUAGCGACUGGAAAAUUGAACUUCCUGGCGAGUUCCAGAUAGCGGGGACAACCAUUCGUUAUGUACGACGAGGUCUGUGGGAAAAGAUGUCUGCCAAAGGACCAACCAAAAUGCCACUUCAUCUUUUGGUACUGUUAUUCCAUGACCAGAACUAUGGGAUACAUUACGAAUAUACCAUCCCUGUGAAUUAUUCUACUGAAAAUAGAAGUGAGCCAGAACAUCAGCAGGAAUCGCUGUACAUAUGGACACACAGUGGAUGGGAAGACUGCAAUGUACAGUGCGGAGGAGGGGAAAGGAAAACUAUUGUGUCGUGCACCCAGAUUGUUAACAAGACAAUGAUGUUGGUGAACGACAGCGCUUGCCAGCGGGCAACCCGUCCUGAGCCACAGAUCAGAAAGUGCAAUGCCCAUCCUUGCCAGUCCAGGUGGGUUACGGGACAGUGGAGUCCUUGCUCUUCGAGUUGUGCCAAAGGUCUGCAGCAUCGGGGAGUGACAUGUGUCUAUCAACUGCAGAACGGGAGCUAUGUCAACACGAGAGAUCUCUACUGCCUUGGUCCCAAGCCAGCAACGAUACAGAGCUGCGAAGGCCGAGACUGUCUUUCUAUUUGGGAAGCUUCAGAAUGGUCUAAGUGUUCCUCUGAUUGUGGAAGGGGAAAACAGAAGAGAAAAGUCAUGUGUACCAACCCACAAGGAAAGUGUGAUGCAGCAACGAGGCCGAGGGACGAAGAAGAGUGCGAAGAUCAUACGGGAUGCUAUGAAUGGAAAACCGGAGAAUGGUCCAAGUGUUCCUCAACAUGCGGCAAAGGUCUUCAGUCCCGUGUGGUCCAGUGCAUGCACAAAGUCACAGGUCGCCACGGCAACGAGUGUCCCACCUUCUCCAAACUUGCAGCCUACCGACAGUGUCAUCAACAGGCCUGCAAUGAGAAAAUCAAUGUCAACACAAUUACCUCUCCAAGACUCGCCGCCCUGACGUACAAGUGUACGGGAGACCAGUGGGCCGUUUAUUGUCGAGUGAUCCGGGAGAAAAACCUUUGUCAGGACAUGAGAUGGUACCAGCGCUGCUGUCAAACCUGCAGAGACUUCUAUGCAAGCAAGAUGCAGCAGAAGAGUUAAUGAAAUCUGCCACGGCUCCUUAGGGGAAUUGUUAGCUCAUUUGUACUUCUUCCUACGAUAUAUCAUUAACUUAUGGAACUCGUUGCCACAAGACGUGGCGAUGCCUAUUUCAGCUUAGAUUAGAUAAAUUUAUAGGGGAAUUGGGGUCUAUUGAUGGCUAAUAGCCAUGACAGCUAACUAUAUAGAGCCUCUAUGGAGAGAGGUCAUCUGCUUUUGAAAUGCAAGUGCGAAUGAUAUCACAUUGGAAAGGCCAUAAUCACCUUUCGCAUGGCUGGACAUUGAAAAGAAGAAGCUUGACAGAGACGGACCUUGAUUUGAUUCGGCAAGGUCGACCGCAUCCGAAAAUUGCAAAUGCAAAAUAUCUUUUUCAUUACAAACACCAGUUACUCACACAACCGAUGAAUUUCAGGGCUUAUUUAACAGGACUUGAUGCUCCUUUUUGCAGACUGGAUGAAAUGAAAGCAAGAUCGCCACAAAAAAUAAGAAAAGAAAAGAAAAGAAAAAAGAAAAAAAAAGAAUUCAUCUCAAAAACCGAUCCUGUACAACGUUAUGAUACUUUUGACAUGGCUGCAUUUUUUUUUAUUUUAUUUUUUGGUUUCAUUAAUAUAUAGAUUAUUGCACAAGCCACUGGAUGGCUUGUCACCGUUUUCUAAUUUUUAUUUUUUAAGGAAAAGAUUCGGAGAGCAAUUAAAUUGACUGGAGACGUAACGCACCUCUGCAGAUAAGCCUGAGGCGAAUAAUAUCUCUGUCUGCAUCUCUGGAUGGUUGAAAGGGAAAAACCAUUAAUGAAAUGAAAUCUUAUAUAAUGUUACUAGAAAGCGGAAAGCAGCAGGUUUAAGGCUUCUGAAGCUUCUGAAAGAAAUCUACUGUAGCCCCUCAAUCCUCCACUAAGUAUAAUUUCAGAGAAUUUUUUUUUUUAAAAAAAAACCCUAAUUAAUAGCCAUCUUACCUAAAAUAUAUAUAUAUAUAUUAAUUUUUCUCUGGGCUGGGGUUCUAUUUAAUAUUUUAGACUAUUUUAGAUUAUUUUAGACCACAGUUUCCAGCCUCAGCUAAGAUGGGAAUUCUGACAAGUGGUAGCCUAAUGCAUCUGAAAUAUUUGAUACAACAAUAAUAAAUAAAAGAUGAAUUAAUCGUUUUGUAAGCCCAUCUUGAAAUAUUUUAUUACACAGUCAAUAAGUUAAAAACAGACCAUGUUUAAAGGUUUUGCUGUCUGUCAGUCCAGACUCAGAAAUUGUGGAUAAAAUGCAUCUGAUCCGAUAUGUGCAUUUGCAACAAUAUAGUUAUAUAUAUCACUUAUACAGGUAGUCUUUGACUUACAACCACAGUGGAGCCCAAAAUUUCUGUUGCUAAGCGAGAACAGUUGUUAAGGGAGUUUUGUCCCAUUUUAUGACCGUUCUUGUUGUUAAGUGAAUACAUGUUUGUUAAGAGAAUCUGGCUUCCCCGUAGAUUUUGCUUGUCAGAAGGUCGCAAAAAGUGAUCACAUGAUCCCGGGACACUGCAACCCUCAUAAAUGCAUACCUGUUGCCAAACAUCUCAACUUUGAUCCCAUGACCAGGGAGAGGCCGCUGCCAUGGCCAUAAAUGUGAAAAACAGUUAUAAGUCACUUUUUUUGGUCAGUUCCGUUGUAACUUUGGUCACUAAACGAACUCUUGUAUGUCGAGGGCUACCACCUAUACGUGUGGCAUGAAACAUUUCAACAAGAUUGCAGCACUGACCAUAGAAAAUUUCAUUUGCUUGAUAGCACCCAUAACUUCAAAAUAAGGACCGGCUUUCCCAUUAACUUUGGCUUAUCACAAAAGGUGAUAUCAUGGUCCUGGGAUACUUCCAACCGUCAUAAGUACAUGUCAGUUUCCAAGCAUCCAAAUUUUGACUACCUGGAUGCUGCAACGGUUGCAAGUGUGAAAAAUGAUCAUGGGCCCCUUUUUUCAAUGCCAUUGUAACUUUGAAUGGUCACUAAAGAAAUGGUUGUAAGUCGAGAACUACCUGUAGUUUCAUGGUGGAAUACCUACCGUAUUUUUCGGAGUAUAAUACCAAUGAGAGGGUGAAAAGAGGGUGAAAAUUUGGGUGCAUCUUAUACUCUGAAUGUAGCCCCGCCGAGCCCCACAAACGGAGAUUUCAGAGGCUGAAAGAAGCCUCUGAAAGAAGCUUCAGGAAAAAAAGCCUCUGAAAGGCUUUUAUCUAAAAUAAUAUGGCAAGCAACAAAAAAAGAAUCAGUAAAAGUUCUCACCAAACUAUGUUAACAAAUCUGGAGAAUGACACAAUAACCAACAGAUCGGAAGAGGUUAAUCUAUGUACCAAUACCAAAGAAAGGAGAUUGAACAGAGUACAGAUAGUCCUUCAGAAAAAAAGCUUCCGAAACAGAGCUUCAGAAAAAAAGCCUCUGAAAGAAACUUCAGAAAAAAAGCCUCCAAACAGAGCUUCAGAAAAAAAGCUCUGUUUUGGAGGCUUUCAAAGGCAGAAAAAAAUUUUUUUUUUCUGAAACGUCAGGAAAAAAAAAAGCAAAAAUAAAUAAAUAAAUAAAUAAAUAAAGGCACAGAGCUCACAACCAACAAACCUGUUGCUAAAAUUCACCUCUGGGAACAGCUGAUUGGGGGUAUUCCUGGAGGCCGAUCCACCCCCAAUCAGCUUUUUUCUUAUUUUCCUCCCCAAAAACUAAGGUGUGUCUUAAACUCCGGUGCUUCUUAUACUCCGAAAAAUACGGUAAAUAGUUCUACAGUUGGGGGGCAGGGCAUAGACACUUGUGCCUUUCAUUCUACUUAAAGCAAUAUUUUUAUUUGUUAAUUUUCAGCUCAGCACUCCUGCAUUGUCAUAUUUCCACUGUGACAAAGCCUUAUUCUAUGUACUGUUCCAUGAAGUACUGUACAUUUAUAGUUGCACAAUUUGUCAUUUGGUGCUAACUUUUUCUCCCUUUGUAAUUUAAAAAAUUCAUUUGCAGCUGAAUAUUGAUAUUUUAUUCUAAUACAAGGCAAUAAUGUAAUGUUACGUUGUUCAGUACAGAGCAAAAAUGUAUAUAUAUUUUAAAAACGAUUAGAUAUGAACUAUAGUCAAGAUAAUACUUCUAAUUUUUUUUCCUGGUGCUGGUUAAAAUUGGUCACAGAAAUACAGUCAAGCUGAAUAAAACCAAUUGUAGUUUUGUUU